UGUCAGCCUCCUUGCAGCCCAGUCCUGCAGCAAGGCACGCAGCAGCAGCCACAGGCUUCCCUCUCACCUGCAGGGCAGCCCCAGCCCGGUGUUGCCCCUCGCCAUGAUCCUUUGGUUAUGGCUCUUUUGGGGCUUCUCCAUUGCAGCAGGGCAGCCGGACUCAGAGCUGCUGGCGAGGUACCUGGAGGAGAAGCUGAUGGCAGACUACAGCGUCGUGGAGCAAGUUGUACGUCGUGUCCCAAGACAGACCAGAUUUUUGCAGAGGCUGGAAACCAGGCCUCGGAUGUCUGAAUUCACUGUGAAAGCCACAGUCAUUUCUCGCUAUGCUUUCACCACGGUGUCCUGCACAAUGGUGAACAGCGGAUCUGAGGCAAGAGAAGGUGUGUUUGAGAUGCAGAUCCCAGCUGCAGCUUUCAUCUCCAACUUUACCAUGAGCAUUGGCAACAAGACUUACUAUGGGGAGGUCACAGGGAAAGAAAAGAAAAACAGCAGUGAUGAUAAAGCAAGGACCAAGAAACCUCCAGGCCCUCAGAAUGCAAGGGAGAAUGGCUAUGAGACAUUCAAAGCUUCUGUCUUCAUUCCUCGCAAGAUGCAAGCCAACUUCUUAUUGCAUUACGAAGAGCUCUUGCAAAGGCGACUGGGGAAAUAUGAGUAUACGGUCAGCAUCCGUCCCCAGCAGCUGGUGGGCAGGUUACGAGUGGAGGUGAACAUCCUGGAGAACUCGGGCAUAGUGUCACUGGAAGUGCCUCCCCUUCGAAACAGCAAACAUAAAGGCAAUGGGAAGGUUGAAGGUGAUGUUUCUCCUCCUCCUUCUACUGUAAUUGGACAUACAAAAACCUUAGCUAAAGUUACAUUCAGUCCCAAUGUUGUUGAACAAACCAAGAUUGCCCGGAAUGGCAUUUUGGGAGACUUCAUAGUUAGAUAUGAUGUCAGCCGGGAGCUGAGUGUUGGGGAUAUUCAGAUUCUUAAUGGGUACUUCGUACACUACUUCGCCCCCACAGAUCUUCCUCCGUUACCAAAGAACGUUGUCUUUGUCCUUGACAGCAGUGCAUCCAUGGUGGGAACGAAACUGAGACAGACCAAAGAAGCUCUCUUCACAAUUCUCCAGGACCUAAGGCCUGAAGACCACUUCAAUAUCAUUGGCUUUUCCAACCGAAUAAAGGUCUGGCAGCAGGACCGGCUGGUGCCAGUUACUCCAAAUAAUAUAAGAGAUGCCAAAAAGUACAUUCAUAACAUGUCACCAACUGGAGGAACUAAUAUUAACAGUGCACUCCAGACUGGUGCAAAGCUGCUAAAUGAUUACAUUGCUCAGAACGACAUCGAUGCCAGAAGCGUCUCUCUGAUCAUCUUCCUCACUGAUGGGAGGCCCACUGUUGGGGAAACACAGUCAUCCAAAAUCCUCAGCAACACCAAGGAUGCCAUCCGUGAUAAGUUCUGCCUAUUCACCAUUGGCAUUGGAAAUGAUGUGGACUACAGGCUGCUGGAGAGGAUGGCACUGGAGAACUGUGGCAUGACAAGGCAUUUCCAGGAGGAUGAGGAUGCAGCCAGCCACCUGAAAGGAUUCUAUGACGAGAUAGGAACACCCCUCCUCUCUGACAUCCGUGUUGAUUACCCUGAAGACAAUGUGGAGCAAGUCACUCAGAACUUCUUCCCUAACUACUUCAAUGGCUCUGAAAUUAUAAUAGCUGGCAAACUCAUCAACCGUACCUCAGAUAGCCUCCACGUGGAGGUGACUGCUAGCAACUCCAAGAAGUACAUCCUCCUCAAAACAGAUGUGGCUAUUGACCUGCCAAGCAAGAAUGACAUCAGAGCUGUCCCUGGCCUGGAAGAUGGCAAAGGUGAUCAAAAUUACAUUGAGAGGGCAUGGAGUUACCUCACCAUCAAGGAAUUGCUUAACUCCCGGCUGAAGAGUGAUGACAAUCAGGAGAAAGAAUAUUUGAUGGAGAAAGCAAAGUCAAUGGCCCUGACUUACAAUUUUGUAACUCCUUUCACCUUUCUGAAGAUGAGAGAGGCUGGGCUCCAUUCAGAACCACCUGCAGAGGAGCUUAUCAGACCUUCUACUGAUGGCAUUGGUGAAAAGCUGCAGAGCUUGCAGGGACACAAGGCACCACCAGGUAUACGCAGGCAACAAGAUAAGCAAAGAAUUAAAAUCUCCAAAACUUCAGCGGAUGGAGACCCUCACUUUGUCAUUGAUUUUCCCUCCAGCAAGUUCUCUGUCUGCUUCAAUAUCGAUGGAGAACCUGGAGACAUUCUUCGACUCGUCUCUGAUCAUAAGGAAUCUGGUGUAACGGUGAAUGGGCAAUUAAUUGGGGCUCCUGCACCACCCAAUGGCCACAAGAAACAUCGGACUUACUUCAACACCAUCACUAUCCUCAGCAAUAAGCCACAGAGAUCUUACCUAGAGAUCACACCCACCAGGAUCAUCCUGGAUGAUGGGGAAAGGCUUAUUCUGUCUUGCGACCGGAGUGCUGUUGUGCGGAGCAGCAGCCUUGAAGUGUCCGUCUCUGCCAACUCCAACAUCACUGUGACGAUACGAGACACAAUCAGCUUUGUCAUCCUCAUCCACCACUACAAGAAGCCAGCCCCAUAUCAGAAGGAUCACCUGGGGUUCUAUAUCUCCAACAGUAAAGGCCUCUCUUCUGACUCCCACGGGUUACUGGGUCAGUUCUUGAACCAUGAAGUUAAACUUCUUCAGGAAUCUCUAAACACAAGUCAUCAGCAGGUUGGUCAGAACCAAACUGAAGCAUUAAAACCAAACCCUACAAAUACCCUGAAAGUGAAGGGACGGCUUGUUCCUGUUGUGUGGAAGCAGAGGAGGAUCUACAAUGGCCAGCAGGAAGUUGACUGCUGGUUUGCCAAAAACAAUGCAGACAAACUGAUCGAUGGGAGUUAUAAAGACUAUUUGGCUUCUCAUCCUUUCGACACUGGGACCAGCUCUGGGAUGAUUAACAGCCUUUAGGACUGAUCAUAGCAAUGCAUUGCAGCAGCAUGUGUGACAGUGGGUCCCUUCUGAAGCCUCUAGAGAUAAGCAACUUAUGAAUAUUUCUUUACUUUUUGGUGCCAAAGAAACCAAGGCUUUUUCCCCUUGGAAAUCAACUGUCUCUCUUUCAUGCUAGAUGAACAGGGUUCAUCAAAUUUCUGAAGACAAGGAUGGGGGGAAGGGUUGAGGACACGGUGGGACCACUGUCCCAUGGGACGGGAGGGAGAAAGGGGCUAGCUGUCAAAUCUAACAGUGCGGAGAGCUGCUGGCCUUAAAAUAAACCCAUGCAGGGAUCUGUGCAAUACCCCCAGGGGCUGGUGAGUCACCCAGUGAAAGGCAUGAAUCAUGCAGCACAGUGCCUAUCUAACCUUAGGUGAUAAAAGUUUGCAAAGUGACUUGGAGCACAUGCUCCAGCCAUGGUUUCUGGGGAGGGAAGAGCGAGAGAGGGGAGACGGGCGGGUAUCCAUCUGCAGAGAGCUGUUAGCAUCAAAAAGGUAACAGAGAUUAAAACCUUAAAUCAACAGGCCACAACAGGGUAUUGCUUUCAUGGCUGCUGGGAUGGGGUCUGGAUUUGCCACUGAGCGUGAUGUUCUCUGUACCACUACUACUUAAUACAGUGGUGAAAACCCU